AUGGGGGCUCAGAGGCCGCUCAUUGUGCCCUGGCUGCUGCAACAGCUGGAUGCCCAGCAGUUUCCAGGGGUGUCGUGGCUGGACCCAGAACGGACCCGGUUCAGGAUACCGUGGAAGCAUGGGUCUCGGCACAGCACCAUCCCCGAGGAUUUCCAGCUCUUUGAGGCUUGGGCCACUGCAAGCGGCCGCUACAAUCCAAGGACCGAUCCAAGGACGCCUUCGGAAUGGAAAAGAAACUUCCGCUCUGCCCUAAACCGAAAGCCAGAGAUCCAUGUGAUAGCUGAUAACAGCACAGAUUCGGAAAACCCUCACAAAGUGUUUGCAAUCCAGCAUCCUGUUGGUCCAAAUGACCAUGGGCAGGCAGCGGCAGGUGAUGUGCGUGAAAAUCUGGGAAGAUGUGAAGAUCGUCCACCUUCUUGCCAGGAUGAUUCGCUGGAGGACGUGCUGAGCUCCCUCAACCUCUCUGGCUCCGAACCCGGAGCAGAAAACCCAGUAUACUAUGUAGGCCUGUCCCCAUCUUGUAUGGAUCUGGCUGCACCAACACUACCAAUGAUACCGCUUGAACCAGUUUUGGGUGCCAAUAAUUUCGGGCCAGCGGCGGACAGUGCGGCUUCCUGUGUAGGCCUGCCUCCAUCCGGCUUGGAUCAGGCCCCACCUACACCCCUAGUGAUACCUUUGGAGCAGAUCAUGCAAUCCGCACAGCUAGAAACAGAUUUUGAAGUGCGGGCCUACUAUCGAGGUCGGCUAGUCUUUCACGAAACGUUCAGCAACGUCCAAGGCUUGUGCUUCGUGCCCCCCGGAUCCUCCCCCCCUUAUCCGGAUUUGGCCGCUGUGGUGUUGCCAGACACUGCCACCUUGAACGACCAGAAGCAAGCGGCCUUGACACGUCGCCUCCUGCGAGGUGUGGCCCCCGGGGUGCUGCUCCGUUUCGAGGGCCCAUCACUGUGCGGCAGCCGGCUGGGCACUUGCCGCGUCUUCUGGAGCCAGUCGGAGACCCCUAUGGCUGUGACGCGUUUUGGAGGGUUCCCAAAGGAACAUUUUAGUUGCCUUUACAGUGUGCCACAGUUUGUGCAAGAACUGGUUGGAUUCAUGGAGGGACGCAAUGGCUCCCCCGCCUAUACCCUCUGGUUAUGCUUCGGGGAGGACUGGCCUGACCCGGAACGCAUUUGGAAGAAAAAACUGAUCAUGGUAGAGGUCAUCCCCAAGGUUUUCGAACUGCUCCAUGAACUGAGCAAGGCCAACGGGGCAUCCUCGUUAAACGGAGCCGAACCAGACCUGAGGAUAUCGGACUCGCUGCAGGACUCUUCCUUCUUGGAGCGGCUGAGAAACUGGGCGGAGAGGAUGGACGUGCAGUUCAGCAGCUAG